AUGAGAGGCUCCCUGACAUUUCCGCCUUGCAGCGAGAUCGUCACCUGGACGCUGUUCACCGAUCACAUUGGAGAUCACCAAAGAAAGGAACAGCUCAACCUCCUGCGCACGCUGAAAGACACGGAGAACAAGUGCCUCAACCGCAACUUUCGCCCCACCCAAAAAACCAACAACCGCACCGUAUAUCAUAUUGUGGCGAAGCAC